AUGAUGGCAGCAGUUACCGAGCCAGCUGAUGCUCUUGUCAGCCCUCAAGGAAAUGAAGAGAUGGACUCUCUGAUUGUACUGCAUUAUAAUUACACAGGAAAGCUUAUUUUAAGGGAAAAGGCAACGGAUAACGUAGACCUGCCCACUGUCGCAUUUCUGAUCCUGUGUAGUUUCAUAGUCCUGGAAAACUUGAUGGUGUUGAUUGCCAUAUGGAAAAACAAUAAAUUUCACAACCGCAUGUAUUUUUUUAUUGGCAAUCUAGCUCUCUGCGAUCUUCUAGCUGGAGUUGUUUACAAAGUAAACAUUCUUAUGUCUGGGAAGAAAACUCUGAGCUUGUCCUCCACAAUCUGGUUCAUUAGAGAGGGCAGCAUGUUUGUUGCCCUGGGAGCCUCCACUUUCAGCCUUCUAGCAAUAGCUAUUGAGCGCCAUUUGACCAUGAUUAAAAUGAGGCCUUACGAUGCGAAUAAGAAAUACAGAGUGUUCCUUCUCAUUGGUACCUGCUGGCUUAUUUCAAUUUCCUUGGGUGCUUUACCCAUCCUGGGCUGGAACUGUAUAAACAACUUACCAGAUUGCUCAACAAUUUUGCCUCUGUACUCCAAGAAAUAUGUUGUGUUCUGCAUUAGUAUCUUCAUAGCCAUUUUGGUUGCCAUUGUCAUCCUUUAUGCCCGUAUCUACAUCCUGGUAAAGUCCAGCAGUCGUAAUGUCACUAACCACAAUAACUCUGAGCGGUCCAUGGCACUCCUUAGGACUGUCGUGAUUGUUGUCAGUGUUUUCAUUGCUUGUUGGUCUCCGCUGUUCAUCCUUUUCCUCGUCGAUGUGGCCUGCAGAGUCAGGGAGUGCUCUAUCUUGUACAAAGCCAACUGGUUUAUUGCUUUGGCGGUUAUCAAUUCUGCAAUGAACCCCAUCAUCUACACUCUGGCCAGUAAGGAAAUGCGUCGGGCUUUCUUUCGCCUUGUUUGCGGCUGCCUGGUGAAAUCCAAGGUGUCCAGGUCUUUGCCUGUUCAGCCCAUGCCAGAUCACAGUCGAAGUAAAUCCAGCAGCAGCAAUGCCCAGAAGCCAAAGGAGGAUUUCCCACCAAAGAAAAUUCCCUCGUGUAUCGCUGAGAAAAAUGAAUCUUCAUUUCACAAUGGAAACAUCUGUAAGUAA